AUGGGGAAUUGGAAAAUAAAGAAACUACUAAAUGCGGUAACUAUAGCACUUAUCUUCUUUACCACCCAGUGCAAAGGGAUUGGAAAUACUUUUAAUAAAGCUAGCAACACAGUUAUUGUACCUGGAACUGAAGAUAGUAUGGAUGACAUAGAGAGAUUUUUUUCUCAUUGGUUUGUCACAGAUCAGAAUAAUGACAGCUAUAUACAUAAUCCACUGGGAUCAGGAGAGAACUUUAACAAUACAGAUGGAAAUUACUUACAGCCCGAAAAGAUGUCUAGUAGUGGUAGAAGUAUCUCUAAUACAGGAUAUAAUAUGCCUGGUCCAUAUGAUGGCGAAGGCAGAAUAGAUACUACAUCUGUUUUUCAACCGUCUGUAUUUUAUCCGCCUCAGAAUGAAAAUUAUUUUAUAAGCCAACAAGGAAUAGAAAACCAGUCUGGCCAACCAGAGCCAAUGGAUAUUGAUAUGCAUGAAAACAUUUCUAAUUCAAUAAUUAAUAUGGCUUGUGCAUCAGUUGAAGAAAGUAUAGCAAAUAGAAAAGACGUGUUUUCUCAAUUAAUUCAGCUUAACUCACCUAUGGAGUGGAAUGAGUUUGAAAAGUUGAUGAAAAUGAGAGAACAGAAUGAGCAAUCUGGCCAGGGUGUGCCAUAUAUGGUAGACAAUGAUAUACAUGAAAAUGUCUCUAAUCCAGGACAUAAUACUUCUAGUGUGACAGAAGAAGGAAAUAGAGUGGAUAUUGAGAAUUGCUCUAUUCUUGAUAUGGACAAGUUUAAUGCAGCCCAAAAUCAGCUUGUAGAACAGCAGAGAACAGAAGAGCACUAUAUUCAAGAGCAGCUUUAUAUAGGAAGAAAUGUUUCUAAUGGAGGAGAAAAUAGAUUUGGCGUAUCUAUAUAUGAAGAUAUAGCAAUGAACGAUGAGGAGUUGGGCCUUGAUAAUUUUGUGCCAGAUGAGAGUGGGCCUAAUAUAUGGGAUAUAUCAAAAUCUGCAGAAGUCUUCAGAGAUAUGCAUGGGAUGCACUCACAGCCUGCAGAAUAUCCUAGUAAUGGUAUAUAUAGAGGAGUUUCUAAUCCGGUACAUGAUAUAUAUAAUCUGCCAAAUGAAGCAGAUAGAAUGGAUGGAGUAGAGUUUUAUUAUUCUGGCCUGGAUGAAUACGAUUCAGCACAAAAUAGAAAUCAGUUUAUAGAACAACAGUAUAUACAAGAAAAAUAUAUAGGACAGUCAGAUAUAGAUAUGAAUACUUCUAAUAGGGCAGAAAAUGUGUUUGGUUCAUCUAAUAAUGAAGAUACUAUGAAUGGCUUAGAUGAAUCUAUUUCUAAACGGUUUGUGACAAGAAAGAGAAACAGCCAUAGGAAUACUUUACAGAGAACAACAGAUUCUGAAAAUGAUAUACUUCCUUCAUCUGCACAAGAUGAACAAGAUUCUAGUGCAGAGGAUAUUCCUGUUGUUCCUAAUAAGAAAAGAAAUAAAGUUAAGACAAUUAAAGCAAAAAAAAGAAAAACAAAUAAAAAAGAUUCAUCUAUUACUCAGCCUGUAGAAGAAACUCAGAAAGGAGAUACCAGAAUAGAGAAUAUUAAUAUCGGACUAUGGAGUGAUACCAGAUUGUCCAAUAGAAUAAGAGCAGGCUAUAACUCACUGCAUCGCACAAUAUAUAAAAUUAAAAAGAAUAGCUUUGAUGAUUAUAUGAAUAGUGAGCUAAUAAAGGAAACCUACCAAGAAGAGAUUAGAAAAGAGAUAAAAAUCUUUUCUGAAAAUAUUGCUUCACUACUAGAGGAGAAGAAUGCAGUGUACUACUUUAUUGCGUGCAGAAGCACAAAUGUAAUCACAAAAAAUAUAGAUCUUUUGUGGCUAAACAUGCUGGAUAAAAGCGAGAAUGAAGAUGAGCACAAGAGCAUGAUAAAGAAAUUCGAUGGAUACUAUCCCAAUGUGUUUGAAGAUCUGCUAGCAUAUAUGGAAAAGCACAAGCCAUUGAGAGUAAUCUAUAGAUGCCCUCCAACUGAGUGGAAUGAGACUUUGGGCGAUAUUUAUAUGCGAAAAGACCUAGAUUUAAACUACUGGAUGGUGCUAGGACAGAACAAAAUUAGUAAGAUGAAGGAAAAGUAUUCUGUACUAACACAUGCUGUGCAUAUAAUUCUAGCACUGCCUGAAGUACACCAAGACUUUUCCAAUAUUAACACCAGUCUUAUAAAAGCUACUCAGAUAUAUAAUGAUGCAUCUAGAAACGAGCAAGCCAGGAAAGUUCUGUUGGCUAUGUGCACAUUAGCAAAAAAAGUUGGAAAAAUUGACAAAGAGAUACAAAAUGAGUAUGAAAAUAUUUAUAGCGCCAUUGAGAGUAUGUACAAGAAAAAUUUGCAGCAAGAAGUAUCAGUGUCUAAGCUAUACAAGAACAUAUACACAAUUCUUGCUGAUUUCUACGAGAAAGUGGCGGUUAUUGAUGAGGAUGAAAAUAUCUUGAUAGGCAAGUGCAUUAUAAAGAACCAAAGAUAUGCUAGGUGUGAAGCAAACUUUAAAAUUGCACCAAACAGCUCUUUUAUACAGGAAUAUAAGCCUAAAUGCUCAUUUGGAAUGAACAUGUGGGAUGUUUCGUCUAACAUAAAAUCGCACUACCACGUGUACUAUGUGGACAACACAGAAAAAUGGCCCAGAAGGCUGUGCAUGCCUAUGUAUAAAAACAAUGAUAAUGAUAAAGGAUAUUAUCUGCACACAAUCGACGACAUAGUAAACCAUGUGAAGGAGCUAUUUAGAAUACAGAAAGACACUGUACAUCCUUUCAAAGUAAGAAAGGACACUAAAGAGUGGUCGUACAUCAAGAAAGAUGAACGAAAAAUAACGGUGAAAGAGCUGCCGAAAUAUCAGGUAGUGUUCUACCGCAUUGACGAAGACCUUGCCACAACAGAGUUUAAGUUUGCAGAGUUUGAGCCCUUGCUACCGCACACAGAGAAGAGCACCACCCUUCCUCUGUUUCUUACGCGCCAGAUGCUGGAUGCUGAGGAGUUGGGCCCUUUUGUCAAGGAGGGUGUCCAUGCAGAGUUAAGUUUGCUGGAUCUGAAGUCUGCUAUGAUUCCUAAACAGUACAAGUUUAACAAAAAGUAUGAAAAAGAGGAGUACUCAAAUGUGCACGGAUACUACAGAAACCUAUACAUACCGCCAGAUGACGAAAAGAGGAAGACUGCUGACUGCUACAUCAUGAACUAUCAAAGCGCUAAUAGAGGAAGCACUAUUGAAGUCGAGUGGUAUGUGAAUAUGAUGGAAAAUGAAAGUGCCUAUAUGCACUGUGUACUAGACAAAAGUUUCAAAGGAAGAGAAAAUGCAAAAAAGUUUAAUAAUUUUGUUAGUAUACUAGAGUCAAGAGAACACAAUAAAGACAGUGAGCUGCAAGGUGUCUGGCUGAAAAAUAGCAAUGUAACAGAUAAUGGGUUAGAAAAUUAUAUAGAAAAGAUAUGUAUGUGGUUGGUGAAAGAGGAAGGAGAAAAUAUAGCCAAGAGAAAGAAGAGUAGAGCUGAAAAGACAAUGAUAAGAGAAAUAUUCAAAAAAGAUAUAAGAGAAACCAAUGAAAAGUAUACAGAAGAAUGUGAAAGAUUUGAUAGAGCAGAUACAAGAAUAAUAGAAUUGAAUGGAGAAUUAAAAAGAUCAAAAAAACUGAAAGAAUUAGAAAAGACAGAAAAAUUAGAAGAAGAAAUGGAAGAUAUAAAAGGAGAAAAAAAGUCAGCAUGUAAUGCAAAGAGUUAUGCAAAAAAAAAGCUAGAAACUUUAAAAAAUAUAAUGUGUGAAGUAAUGUCUGAAAAGCCAGAUAAAGAGAUGGAGCUCAUAGCAUUCCGAAAUGUGAACAAAAGCAAGUCCAAUCUAGGAGCACACAAUGAGAUUCUUAAUAUUUUAAUCUUAUACUAUGAUCUAAAGAGGGAAAACUCCAAAAAAUAA